AAGUUACAAUAUAAAAGAAAGUAUUUUUCUUGUUAAAUGAUAAUUAUAGCCAAUUUUUCUUAUGUUUUAUCUAAAAAAUAAAUAAACAAUUAAAUAUGACGAGUGGCCGAUUUCACAUAAAUGGUGAAUCAGCAACAGGCAGUAGUAGUAAUGACCAUACUUCUUCCAGUACAACUGCGUCAACAGCAACAAGUCUACAACAACAAACCAACAGUGCUACAACAAUUGACAUAAGAGAGAACGAAAAGAUUCGAACCUUUCAUUUCACAUCCAGAGGAGACUCGACAUCUACAUUAGCAUUACAAGGAGAAAGACCGACGGGGAGUUUGUUGGAAGAAGUUGAGAUAAAAAUUCCAGAGUUACUGCAAAGUGGUUAUUCCUUUUACACCUGGCCGUGUUCACCCAUAUUGGCCUGGUUUUUGUGGGAACGCCGUAAUUCAUUGGUGGGAAAACGCAUUCUUGAAUUGGGAGCCGGAACUGCCUUACCCGGAAUAUUAGCAGCAAAGUGUGGAGCCCAAGUACUUCUCAGUGAUCGUUCAAUAAGUGAAAAAUCAUUGCAACACAUAAAACGUUCCUGUACCGUAAAUAAUUUACGACCCGGACAAGACAUAGAAGUCAUUGGCCUAAGCUGGGGUCUUCUCCUCAACAGUCUGUGGUCUUUGGGACAUUUAGAUUUAAUCAUAGCAGCUGAUUGCUUUUACGAUCCCUGUGUAUUUGAAGAUAUUCUUGUGACGGUUUCCUUUCUUUUGGAACGAAAUCCUACUGCUAAAUUUAUAUUCACCUAUCAGGAACGUAGUGCUGAUUGGUCCAUUGAAGCUCUAUUGAAAAAGUGGAAGUUGUGUGCUCUACAAAUAAACAGCGACGAUAUUGGCAAAGCAUCGGGCGUUGAUUUACUAGAAAUAUUGGGUGGCCAUACCAUACAUCUUAUAGAAAUAACAAGAGAACUAUAA